CUUUAAAUAGCCUGCUGCUUAGUGCUUUUGCCAUUGCCAAAUUGGUUUGCAGAGGAGCCUUGACUGUCAGUGAAACUACGAGUAUAUCUGCUACUUUUAAGCGAUCUUGUGAAGCAACUUGACCAUGGACUCCCCAAUGUGCCUCAUUAAAAACACCGAUGGAGAGCUUUGUGUAGAACCAGAGGCCAUCAACUACCUGAUGGGACUGAAACAGCAAGUCGUAGUGGUGGCGGUGGUCGGGCUGUAUCGCACCGGCAAGUCCUACCUCAUGAACAAGCUGGCUCAGAAGAGAACAGGUUUUGCCCUUGGAGCCACCAUCCAGUCCAAGACUAAGGGCAUCUGGAUGUGGUGUGUCCCUCAUCCUGAAAAAACAGACCACACCCUGGUGCUGCUGGAUACAGAGGGGCUGGGGGACGUGGAGAAGGGGGAUUCUAAGAAUGAUGCCUGGAUCUUCUCCCUGGCCAUUCUGUUAAGCACUACUCUGGUCUACAACAGUCUAGGGACCAUCAACAAUGAUGCUGUGGAGAAGCUUCAAUAUGUGAACGAGCUGACAGAGAGAAUCAAGGUGAGGUCUCACACUGACAAUGAGGAAGAAGAAGAGGGCACCCAGUUUGUGCAGUUCUUUCCUGAUUUUGUGUGGACCGUCAGAGAUUUCACUCUACAGCUUGAGAUAGAGGGCAGAGAAAUCACUCCAGACCAGUAUCUGGAGAAUUCCCUGCAACUCAAAAAAGGAACUAGUAAAAAGAUCAAUGACUACAACCUCCCACGAGAGUGCAUCAGGAACUUCUUCCCCGCACGCAAGUGUUUUGUGUUCCCCUCCCCUACAACUCCUGACAACAUGCAGCGACUGGAGUCCAUGGAUGAGGCUGAGCUUUCUGAAAGCUUCCGAGGGGUCGCAGAUACUUUCUGCCGCUUCAUUUUCGAGGAGAGCCGUGUGAAGACUGUUAUAGGGGGACACACAUUGACCGGAGAGAUGCUAGGCCACUUGGUAAACGCCUAUGUGGAGACCAUAGCCAAAGGCAAUGUGCCCUGUCUGGAGAAUGCGGUGCUGGCCAUGGCUAAAAUUGAGAACCAGGCUGCUAUGGAUGAGGGCCUGGCGGUGUACCAGAAGGGCAUGGAGGAUGUGAAGGACUUAUUCCCUGUGGACAUCAAUCAGCUGUCAGAGAAGCACCUCAGUUCAGAGACCCAGGCCACGCAGGCGUUCAUGAAGCGAUCCUUCAAAGACGAAAAUGGGGAAUUCUUGAAAGCUCUGGCGGAGGCCAUUAGCAACCACUCCGCCGACCUUUUCAAACAGAACAAGAAUGCCUCAGAGAAGAAGUGCAAGGCCCUUCUGGAGAAGCUGUCUGCUCCGAUGGAUCAGGAGAUGAAGGAGGGGAGGUACGCCACACCGGGAGGCUAUGAGCUUUACUGCAAUCACCAUGACAACAUAGUGGCACAGUACCGGGCCGAGCCCAACAAAGGAGUCAGGGCUGAGGAGGUUCUGGAGCAGUUCCUGAAGGAAAAGAGUUCAGAGUCCAACUCCAUCCUGCAAGCUGACAACAAACUGAGUGAAAAUGAGAAAACAAUCCAAGCUGAGAAGAAGAAAACAGCUGAGCUGGAGCAGGAGAAGGCAGCAUUCAAGCAGCAAAAGGCAGAGAUGGAGUGCACCAUUGAGAACAUUGGCAAGGGCCAGGAGAAGUAUUUGAAGGAGAUGAGAGAGAAGAUGGAGGAGGAGAGGAAGCAACAGCAGCAGGAGUUCAACAGGACCCUGGAACGCAGGAUGCAGGAGCAGAAAGAUCUCAUGGAGAAGGGCCAUAAGGAGAAGGCUGACCUAAUGAGACAAGAGAUCGAGGAGAUAAAGAAGAAGAAUCAAUUGGAAAAGGACCACAGUACCCAGAAUCAGAUGGCUCUGCUGGAAAGCUUAAAGCAGCAGGCUGAAAAACAGAAAAAGCAGAUAAAAGCGUUAAUGCAGGAAAGAUCACAGGCUGAUGAACGACUCUGUAUCGUACUGUGAACCUCUCCACUUUGAAUGCCUGAGUAUGUAAAGCCAACUGAUAUUGAAUCUUGAAGCGUUGAAGUGUUUGUCCUCUAUAGCCAUCAUUGUUUUUAUCUGACCCUGCUGGUCAUCUAUGAAUGUUUGAACGUCUUGAAAAACGAUCUGACGUUAAUGGCCACAUGAGUCUGGUUCCUCUCUAGGUUUCUUCCCAGGUUCCUGCCUUCUAGGGAGUUUAUUCCUAGCCACUGUGCUUCUGCC